UGUACAGUCAAAGACCAUGCCUAGUCUAAUUUCCCCCGCUGAGCGUGAUUAUAUUCUUAAAGGCAUCGAGUGCAAUAUUAGAGCAGAUGGUCGCCAAAGGUCUGACUUUCGUGAGAUCACACUCGAGACAAGCGUAGUUUCACAAACUAGUGGCUCUGCUCGUGUCCGUAUUGCGGGAGGCUCUGAUGUUCUUAUCAGUGUAAAAGCAGAAAUUGGACCUGUCCAAGUUGACCCAGAGACAGGCGAUGGUGCGGAUAAAGGCCAAAUAAUAUGCAGUAUAGAAUGUGCUCCAAGCGCAUCACAGCAAUUCGAAGGACGAGGGGCUGACGAUCUCAAUAACGAACUCACGCAGAUGAUGUCUCGAUUCCUCUGCUCUAAUAAUACAGCUAUUUCAUCUUUAUCGCCCACAUGUUCAGGAUCUGGAGGUAUUGAUUUAUCCAAACUCUGCAUUAUCCCUGGGCAACAAUGCUGGAUUCUUUUCGUCGACGCUUUGGUUUUGGACUAUGGUGGUAAUCUUAUGGAUGCGAUCUUCAUGGGUGUACGUGCUGCUAUUUAUGACACCAAAAUUCCAAAAACCGAAGUUCAGGAUCUAGGAGAUGGGCAGUUUGAGUUCGAGGUUCUGGAUGAUGAAGAGGAUAUAGAUUUCGUGCACGGCAGGGAAGAUAUGCCCAUUUGUAUUACGCUUAAUAAGAUUGGCACACGGCAUAUUGUAGAUGCAACACUAUUAGAAGAGCUCUGCACGGAAGCAAAGCUUGUGGUUGCCGUAAAUCGAGCUGGGGAGAUCUGCGGAUUACAGAAGAACCACGACGGAAGCAUUGAGCCCAGUUUACUACUAGAGAUGAUUCAGGUCGGUAAAACAAUGGGACAAGCUUUAAUCAAAAAUCUUGAUGCAAAAAUUAAAGAAGAGGCAGAGAGCGACUUAACAAAGAGAUUGCAGGGUGACCCUGCGCGGAAGCUGGGCUUCUUUGCGCAGUAGCUAUUGACCAGAUUAAGGCAAUGAAGGGCGAUAUAGGCAUUGUAGUGACACAUAAAUGCUCUUAAUUCGACCAUGGCAAGGAACUUGGUCAAGAAAAGCGAAUACAAAUAGAAGAUUAAAAAAAAAGGGAAAAACUUGUACACAAUAACGAACCUAAUAUGUCCAACAAGUGUGUCGUCUCUCUAUUACUCCAUGCAAUUGCACGUCGUGCCACUCUACAGCAUUGUAAACAGCAUUACCUUGGAAUUUGUGCAGUAAGGUAACCGGAUUCUUUGAGGUGAAGUAAUAUCUUUUUGAAACAUUGUUAUUCUUAUUGUCUUUAAGCAAGAUAUCCAGGACCAGUCAAGACAAUAUAUCGUUUCAGUAAAGUCUCUCAGGCCAUCUACAAAAGGAAUGUAACUCUCAG